AUAAUAAUAAUCUUACUUACCACCACAUCUAUCAUAUGAUAUAUAUAUAUAUACCACUUAUAUAAUGUGUGUGUACACAUAUCUUAUAUACAUUUAUAUCGUACAUUUUAUAUCUUUUAUCUAUCUUAUAUCCUUUCCUAAAUAAUAAUCUAAAGAAAGAACAACGAAUUAAUAUAAAAGCAAACUGCAACGACAAACUGCAACGAUUAAUAUUUCAUUAAGAACAGUUAGGUUCAUUAAGAAUAGUUACGUUCUUUUGACUGUUUAAUUAUAAAAAUAUAUUUUUAAUUAAAUAUUUUAAAUUAAUUGUUUAAUUAUAAAAAUAUAUUAUAAAAAUAUAUUAAUUAUAAAAAUAAUAAAAAUAUAUUUCUCGUUAUUAUGAUUCGAAUAAUAACUAUUUUUCUUUUAUUAACAGUAAUUAGUUACUGUAGUGCAUAUCCUGAUGGAAACGUGCAAAAUGAAAAAGUGAAGUGUGGUCCCAAUGAAGAAUUCACAAAUUGUGGUUCAGAAUGUGUGGAUACUUGUGAGAAACCGGCAUCACCUGUUUGUAAUCUGAAAUGUGUUAUUGGGUGCCAAUGUAAACCAGGUUUCGUAAGAAACAGAGAAAGCAAGUGUGUUUUGACACGUGAUUGUUGAAUUGACAAAUGGCCAAGUAUCAUUAGAUUAUUUAUAUAUAUUUCUGUAAUACUAUAAAAAAAAUUAUAAAAAAAAUGUACAUAUAUGAAUUGUAUAUAUUUAUAGAUACAUAUAAUCAAAUAAUUAAUUAAUUAAUAAUUUAUUAAUUAAUUAUAAUUAUAUCAACUUUUGCCUUCGUUAAUGAUAAUUAAUGAUCAGAUUGAAUGAUAAUUAGAAGAUAGAUUGCACAAGAUCAAUUUAAAAAAAAAAAUCUUUAAAAAAAAUAUUAUUUUAUUAAUAUUAAUAAUAAUAUUAAUAAAAACAGAAUAUUAUUGUAUUUUAUUUUUGAUAUAAAAUACGUAACACGUAAAUAUUUAUCUCUAUUUAUUAUAUUAUUAAUUUAUUAUUUAUUUAUUACAUAUGAACGAGAAAAAUAAUUUUUUCUUUACAUUAUUUUUUUUAUACUAUAUUACAGAAAUAUACUAUAAGAUAAAAUGCUUAUGAAAAAACUAAAAAAAUUUUGUAACAUUCAAUUUUUGUUUAAUUAUUUAUCAACGAAUUUUUUGAGUAUAAACACGUAAAAAUAGAGAAAAAAUAAUUAUAUACAAUUUUUAAAAAAAAUUGCAAUUUAUUAACAAUAUUUUGUUAAUUUGUACAGUUAUUUUUUAUAUGCAAAAAUUUAUUAUAUAUAUCAAAUAAUUCAUCAAAUUAUUAGAACUCGAAAAAUUAAGAAAAUCGUUAAUUUCUUCGCAAAUAUCAACGAUCACGCUAUGUAAAUAUAUAAGAACGCGCAAGGUUAAUACACGCCAGUUUCCAUCGAACCGUCGACGAGGUAACAUCGAACGUAGAGUUUCGAUACGAUAUAUUAUUAAUUUUAAUUAUUGUAAUUAUUGUUUAUUGUUUUAUUGUUUUAUUGCGCAUUAUUGUUUACGUUAUACGUUAAUACGUUAUACGUUAAUAAAUAUCAAAGAAAUUUUAUAAAUCUUAUCUCAAAUCCGAUUAAAACGUUUUCGCAACAUUGCGAAAUUAAAUAUUGACCUUUAAAUCGAUCGAUCAUUUUUGGGCAAUAUUUUUCGCUUAUCUCAUAUUUCCAAUAAUUGUCAAAAUUAUCAAAAUUACGAAACACGCGCAGUUGAAUUAUCAAUUUUACAAUUUGAAAUGAAUUACUGACUUGUUGUUUCAUUUGUACACUUUCGAUCAAUAAGAUAAAUCUAUUCUCGAAGAAACAAAAUCUAUUCUCGAAGAAAAGAAAGAAACAAUCGCGAGAUUUAAACGACAUGUAUAUAUAAAUAAAAUUAAAUAAAGAGAAUGUUUAUUUUUUUCAAGAAGCAAAA